CUCGUCUGGGCGCCUCUCCCUGUGCUUGCUGCCGGCGUUUGUCUCCGGGCCCGCAGUUUCUGUGGCCCCUGACCCGUCUGCCUCCCUCUCCCCAGCCGGGCCGGGACGUGGCCUGCCCCACGAGCCAUGGAACAGUGCCUCGCUCCCGGCUCGGCCCCGAGAGACCCCGCGGAGCCCGGAUCUCCUGCAGAGAUCGUGGGAGAAGUGACAUCGUGCUCCUGUACCAGCAUUCUCUUCCGACAGGAAAGCCAGAAAGGUGUCACCUACCGGAUCCCAGCCUUGCUCUACGUCCCCCCCACCCGCGCCUUCCUGGCCUUUGCCGAGAAGCGCUCCUCAAGCAGGGAUGAGGAUGCUCUCCAUCUGGUGCUGAGGCGGGGGCUGAGGACUGGGCGCUCCGUACAGUGGGAACCCCUCCAGCCACUGAUGAAAGCCACAUUGCCUGGGCAUCGAACCAUGAACCCCUGCCCUGUGUGGGAGCAGAAGAGCGGCUGUGUGUAUCUCUUCUUCAUCUGCGUGCAGGGCCACGUUACCGAGCGUCGACAGAUUAGGUCAGGCAGGAAUGCCGCCCGCCUCUGCUUCAUUUGCAGCCAGGAUGCCGGAUGCUCAUGGAGUGAAGUGAGGGACUUGACCGAGGAGGUCAUUGGCCCGGAAGUGAAGCACUGGGCCACGUUUGCUGUGGGUCCGGGUCACGGUGUCCAGCUGCGCUCUGGGAGGCUGGUCAUCCCCGCAUACGCUUACUACUUCACACACCGGUUCCUUUGCUUUCCGCUGCCCUGUGCAGUCAAGUCUCACUCCCUGAUGAUCUACAGUGAUGACCUAGGAGCUACAUGGCACCAUGGCCGGCUCCUGAAGUCCCUGGCGACAGGGGAAUGCCAAGUGGCAGAGGUGACCGGAAGGGCUGGUAACACUGCGCUCUACUGCAGUGCCCGGACGUCGCACAGAUACCGGGCAGAGGCUCUGAGCUCUGACUGCGGGGACUGCUUUCAGAAACAGACCCUGAACCGGCAGCUCUGCGAGCCUCCCUGUGGCUGCCAGGGCAGUGUGGUGAGUUUCCGGCCCUUGGAGAUGCAACACGGACACCAGGAUCCUCGCGGUAAAGACGCUGCCUCCACUCCGCAGAGUGAGGAGGAAGCCAGCCCACCAUCAGGAACGUGGCUCUUGUACUCACACCCAACCAAUAAGAAACGGAGAACCGACCUAGGCAUCUACCAUAACCAGAGCCCCCUGGAGACUGCCUUCUGGUCCCGGCCCUGGAUCUUGCACCGUGGGCCCUGCGGCUACUCUGAUCUGGCUACUGUGGAGGAGCAGGGCUUGUUUGGGUGUCUGUUUGAGUGUGGUCCCAAGCAGGGCUGUGAGCAGAUUGCCUUCUGCCUGUUCUCAGACCAAGAGGUCCUGAACUGUGUGCAGGAGGACUGAACCAGCCUGGGCUUGGAGCCCAAGCCAAAUCAAGACUGGCGGGCCAAGGACCCUGCUUUCCAUAGGACUGAGACGGUGGCGAUUGGCUGCGUGUCCGGUGUGCCUGGAGAUGUCUGUCCAAGAGCUUGCCCAUGCUGCUAGAUGUCUCCCAAGUUCAUUUUACUCAUACUGUCUGUGGGGUCUAGUGACCCUUUCAUCUACAGAGAAGGUUUUCACUCUUAGGAAGAUCUCUGGGCCACCAAACUGUGAGGCCAACUUGCUUGAACCCACUAGACUCGGUCCUCAUCUAAUAGCCUUGGGGCUGCCCUGUGCCAGUGCUGGGUCUUUCAGCUGCCACUGGAUGGGGUUGUUUCUACAGCAAGCAGCACCUCCCAGUCACCUGUUACUGUGACAGACUCUGUCACGAGAGAUGUAGUCUUUACCCCUAUUUUAGGAGGAUGACGUUUAAACCACCAGCUAAGUAGUUUUGGUGCUGGGUAGUGACCAGGUCUCUGCUUGAGUGCAGCAAGAGGGCUAGGCUUGCGGUUACACCUGGUUAGGAGAGAAGCUUUAAAAAAAACAUUUUUAUUUAUUUGAGAGAGAAUUGCCGCACCAGAGCCUCCAGCCACUGCAAACAAACUCCAGAUGCAUGCACCACCUCGUGCAUCUGGCUUCCAUGGGUCCUGGGGAAUCGAACCUGGGUCCCUUGGCUUUGCAGGCAAGCGCCUUAACCGCUAAGCCAUCUCUGCAGCCUGGGAGAGAAGCUUUUGAAUUGGAAAAAGGUCUAUGUGCUUACUUCAGAAAAAGUAAAGAGAAACGGGUUGAGGACAGACCCAGAGCAUCCGAGAAGAGGAUUAGAUGGGGGUGAUGGGAGCUGGGAAGAGAAAGAACAGCAGGGGUGAGCCCCUGAAUCUUUAGGAGGAGAGUGAGUGUGGCUGGCGAGAUGGCGUACAUGCGCGGUAGCUCUGGGAAGAAGAAAUGACAAUGGUCUGGAGCUGUUUCCUGAAACUCAGGGAAGGAAGAGAGCCCUGCACCGGCCUGUGGCUUAGCCAGCAGAGGAAACCCAACCCAACCCUGUACCUUUAAGCUGUCUUGGCUCGUUCACGAUUCCGGUUACCAACAAAGACAGCUGGGGCAUCCCAGCUCUAUUCCAGUCACCGAAGGCUGUCAGGGCCCUGGGAUAUGUCCCGCCACUAGAGUACAGGACUGCGUGGGAGAGGCCUCCUUACCCAUUCAGCCUCCAGGCCCUGUGCACGUUCCUCCAUACUCCCCGCAGGCCCAGUUGUUUGGUGCUCUAUUUGGACUUGUAUCUUCUGGAAACUAGUUUCCUUCCAGGGAGCCACAGGCUAUCUAUCACGAGGCUGCAGGGUGGAGGUAAGAGACACCAAGGCCAACCUCAGGCUGUAGGGUUUGAUCUCUUCAUCUCAGCCCUUGUUCGGCGGCUCACUCUUUUCCAGUGGGCUGGUGGUAAGUUCACGGCGUUCUGCAGAGAUGUCAUUUCAUUGUGUGCGUGCUGCCGCAGUUCAUUCUGAGCCUCCCUUUGGUCCUUUCUACAGGUUCCUGUAUACUCUUGUCUGUUGGGUCCUCCAGACCUCAGUGAAGUUGGUACACCUCCUUUUGUCCUUUCUUACCUUGAAUCUCAGUGACAUCUGAAAUCCAUGUUUUCCCGUCUAUGGUCAUGCCAGCCAUCCUGAGCAUCUCAUCUCAUCUGGAAUGUUUUCCUAUCACAUUCCGAAUUCCUUGAUGGGAAGGACUGAUUCCUCUGCGUCCUCUCUACCCAGCAAAGGGCCCCAAACAGAUUAAGCAGCAGAAAAGAUGAUGAGUGAAUCCAAGUGAGUGAAAGAUUUUGGCCCUCAGCCUUAACUCCAGAAGCCCGGGGAGUUCAGCCCCAGCAGGGGCGCCGCCUCCCUCUCAGUCGCCCGGCAUGCAGAAGCUGGUGAGCGCUCGCUCAGCCAUGGUACUGCCCGCACGCCCAGGCCUGAAGCCACGCCGGGACGCGCGGGCUCUGCUUCCACUGGUGUUUCCCUUCUGUGCUUGACUGGAUUUUCUGUAACUGCCACUCCGCUGGGACGCCAGGGGAGAUGCCGAGUGAGUCUUGCUGUGUGAUGUGAAUCAUCAGACACUGUGACCCCUGCCCCGAACCCUUUCCACUGUCCAAAUGACAAUGUGGAAAAGUGCAAGAGAGUGUUAUUAAAGUUUACUCAAGGAAAAGUUCUUUGGAAAAA